AUGAUUACUGAGGUGAGUUGGCUCUGACAAACAUAUUAUACAUGAUGAGUCAUUUGCAGAAUCAGUUGACCAUUCCCGAGCGGGAUCGCGCUGAUUCCUUGUUGGACAAGGUAUAGUUGAUCUUGUUUUAGGCGGUUUAUAUGUAGGAGAAGGUUGUCUUAGAAGAUUUAUACCUAUACAACACUUAAUGCCAUUUUUUCGGAACAUUGUUUGUGUUUUGUUAGUAAUAAAUGUAAUUUUAUCAACUUCUAUUUGACAUAAAGGUAUUUUCUGCUGUUACUCUUCCUCCUGUCCAUCACCACCAUGACCAUGAAGACGUUCUGCGUGAGCUAGACCAGGUGUUGAACAAACAUUGGGAUGAAGAUGCUGUUGACAGUGUUGUAAAACAACAUAUUCUGAGCGAACAUGAAGACCACGACCACCUGCAAACCAGACCCAGAAGUCGUCACUCUUCCAUGUUAGAAGAAGCACUUCAGAAUUCAACUGUAAGUUGUUGACGUCAGCGAUGUUGUUGCAUUUAAAAAAACUUAAACAAUUUUAAUGAUUACACCAUACACCUUUAGGGCGUAUCAAGACUCUUGCACGAUGAUGUUGAAGAAGAACGUCAUUUUGAAGCUUUUCCUGUCGAUGGAUUCGUGGAAACAACUACGUUAACAUACGUUUCUUCCCAUGAAAAGAAACAACGAAGCCCCACUGUCGACAGUCUGGCAACGGCUUCAGAAAGCAGAUUCGGAGAGUUUGAUUUAGAUGAUAACAGCGAAAUCAACCUAAAUCAUCCAGUUGUCGCUUAUCAACGGAAUGACAAAUCACAUGUAAACGACCAUGACAAUGAAACAUCGCAUGUCAAUGGCGACGAGAAUGCAACAUUCCAUGUAAGUAAAGCAACUAGUAGUCAUGAUGAAUUAUCACUAUUUUGUUAUCAUUAACAAUGAAACAUGACAUGUAAGAUCAAGUGUUUACUUUAGAAUAUACCACAGCAGGAAGAGGAAGUAGCAGAUGAACCUGUUGAACUCUCCAAAGGAUCCCUCGCGGCAUCGCUGUUCAAAGAGAUCAAGAACGCUGAAUUUGCAGAGAUUCAAAAUCAGAGACUCAAAUUAAGCAGUAACACAUAUGCAAACGACAUUCAUAGCAAUGUAGACAAUGGUAAUCAUAAUGGUACCAAUGGAACCAAUCUUCAUGACAAAACCAAUGAAAAUAAUGGGUUUGUCGUUGCAAAACCUGUAGCAACUUCACCGUCAACUGAUGACAAUGUUCAUGUAUACGACGAAGUACCACAAAGUCCACGUUCAAAAGCAGAACUAAAUGCCUACACUCAACGUGACCUUGACUACAAGAAUGUCAUCGAAAACGACUUCAAGAUAAUACAAUUGAACCGUAGAUCGACUACUGUAAAUGCACUCCCACGAAGCGUUUCCAAUCUUACAGAUCGACCUAUCAGGCAAGGUGGUAAGUUUCAUAAAAUUGUAAAUUUGAUUUUUAAGUAAGAAAAAGAGUAUUGUCAUACUUACAUAAACAUAACAUUUCAGCUACUCAAAAGGUACCAUUAAACAUCGUGGAAGAAAAUGUACCAGUAGGACCACAUUUGGAGUACCAACUAGCUAAUGCUGAUCUUAUUGGUUCCCAGAACUCUGUAGACUUCUACCAGCCAUACUUCGAACUAAGUCUUCAUCCACAGUUCCCCGAGAUUACUGUAGGCGGACCGACCAAGAAAACAAAUCAGAGAACAUUUUUGUUGAUCGGGAAAGCACAGUCUGGCAGAACAUCCUUCAUCUGCUCCUUGAUGAACUUCCUCUACAGAUGUCAAAAAGAACAUCCCUUCAGGUAAGUUGCUAAAGUGUACUACCAUAUGAUCCUUUGCAGUUCAAGAUAAUCAGAAGUAGAUACCUUAUUUUACGAUUACAGAUUAGCUCUUGAGCUUCCGAACAAGUUUGAAGACAUAACUGACCGUGUCGUCAGUUACACUUUCAACAACACGAUUCUGGGCUAUAACCUCACCGUGAUAGAUACACCUUCGAUAGAAUAUGACUCAACUCCACUAUUAAUCGGAAAGUUUGUCAAACAUCGCUUAACCAGAGACUCCAAGCUUCGUCUCGAUGCCAUACUCCCUGUCAUCAAAGAAGACGAUGACGACGUGUCGCAGCAGUUGCUACUGAACUACAAGAGAAUCAAGUAUCUAUUCGGAGACGAUCUCAGAACAAAUCUUUUGCCAGUGUUCACGUUUGGAACGGUAAGGCACCUUUACUGUUGAAAUUUAAAAAAUUGGUAUUUCUACUAAUAUAAUUUACCUAAUAUACCAUGGUUUAUUCAGGGCCUGCAACCUCCAAAAGCCUUGAAAGCCCUAGACAUCCUGAAGCUCCCCUACUCUCACUACUACAAGGUCAACGCUCUCGGAUUCCUCCCAAAUUCCGGCAAGGUUCCCAGUUUGAAGCACUCGCUCCUCUACAAACACAACAUCGUAUCUAUCGAGGCACUAAUUGAGGUAAAACCAUUAAAUUACGUUUCAAAUUAAACAUUUCCAACACAUUUUAGGCUCUCGAAACUGUCGUAGCCCCACUUUUGUUGGCCAAGAGCAGCUGA